GUCACUUGGCUGACAACACAUACAGCGAGGAGAACUGAAAGACAAGAAUAUUACCAUGUAUAUGAGAUCAAACAGCAUCGUAUUGUCUUUACCGACAAAUAACUUUUUCCAGGAGAACUUUUCCUUCGCCUCAAUGCCACGGAGCAAAGAACCAGAGAUUUUCACCUUCGAGCAGAUUCCUGCUCAGGUUCAGCACCGACCCGCUGCGGUUCUCCGCCAGCGGAGGAAAAACACUCGGGUCAUGUACCCAUCGAACGUUCGUAAAUACCUUCCACCAGUCGAGAAGAGUGCUGCCAAGCGCUGGCUGGUGAUUCUGUGCCUGGUGGUGUUCCUACAGAUCUGGACCGAGGAGGGGGUCAUUGACACGCAGACCGAGAGUGCCGUUCUGGACUCAUCGUGCGAAGAGACACCCUUCGGCCAGUACCAGGUCCUGUCGUUCCAGUCCGCAGAGGAGCAGGCGCGCCAGAUGAGGAGCGACUCGGUUGAGUCUCCAGAGAACGAGCAGGAACGUCUUUCCAGCGAACAGAACACAUGGGGCACGCUGCUGAACACCACUUGCCCCAGCUGCAUGGAAGAAAUCAAGUGCUCGCCAGGGCAAAACACAAACAAUGGCUACGUCGUCGCUCUGCUAUAUACAGUUCACACACUGGGAAGCGACAACUAAAAAGAACUGACACUUGAGUCGCCGAGACCCAACACAGAACAAACUACAACUGCCUCACCCGGUUGAGACCGAACAGAGAGAGGGCUUGUGCCCCCCCGUGAAGGGCAG